AUGCCACGACUUUUCGAUCACGAUUUGCUCAAGGGCGCCAUCGUUCAAAUCGAGCAAAAGCCAUCAUCAUCAUCGCGUAGCGCCAAAUCCAGGAGCAAGAGCGACGAGCAACCGACCCUUUCUUUGUUAUCCACUGACGAGGACAGCUUGUUCGACGAUAUUUUCAACAGCAUGGCCAAGUCUGGACUCGUUACUAAUGUCUAUCCUGUGCGCGUUGUCCAGCGUCCCGAUACCGCAGCAACUACAGCAGCCAACGGUAUUGACAUCGAUAAGCUCCUCCCUCACUCGCAAACCCAAGUCGACCGCGUCCACAAUGAGCUCAAUAACACCGGUAAAGGCAUUACAGUUGGCAUCAUUGAUUCUGGUGUCGACUACAUGCACCCUGCAUUGGGAGGCGGUUUUGGUGAAGGCUACAAAGUGCGCUAUGGCAAAGAUUUGGUCGGUGAUGACUACGAUGCGAACAGUUCCAAUUCGACACCGGUCCCUGAUGAUGACCCCAUGGAUGCCUGCGUUGCUAGCACUGGCGCAUCAGGUCACGGAACCCACGUCUCUGGUAUUGUUGCGGGCAAGAGCGAUAACUUUACUGGUGUCGCUCCCGAUGCAACCCUCGGUAUGUGGCGUGUAUUCGGCUGCACUGGCUCUGCCUCCGAUGAUGUAAUCAUUGAUGCCAUGUUGGAUGCCUAUGAUACUGGUGUUGAUAUCAUUAGCAUGAGUUUGGGUGACACUUACGGCUGGCCCGAAGGAGCUAGCGCUGUCGUAGCUGAACGCAUUACUGCGAAGGGUGUUCCAGUGAUCAUCGCAGCUGGUAAUGAAGGUGCUACUGGCGCUUUCACUGUUAGCGUUCCUAGUGUCGGCCAUGGUGCUUACUCUGUCGCGUCCUUUGAUAAUAACUAUAAUCUUAUGGAUACCUUCCAAGUCGACGGCUCAACCGAGACAUAUGGUUACGCCAAAGGCAGCCCUACUCCCAGUGAUAUUCCCAACGGUCGAAUUGUUGCAGGUGAUAAAAAUGUCGGCAGUAACUCUGACGCCUGUGAUGCAUCCAACAUUCCUAGCAACGUUAGCGGCAAUUUGGCAAUUGUACAGAGAGGCAGUUGCGCCUUUGACGAUAAGGCAAACAACUUGGCAAAGGCCGGUGCUGUCGGUGUUGUGGUUUUCAACACUGAAGGUCAGGAUGUCUUUACUCCUAGUACCCCGAACGCCACCAUUCCUGUCGUAGGCAUUGCUUAUGACGUGGGCAAUACCAUCCUCGCUGAUAUCGAAAAGGGCGAUACAUCCGUGACCUUUGCUGACGAACAACAAGUCCGACCUGUGAACACUGGUAACACUGUGUCUUCUUUUUCGAGUGUUGGCGCUUCUUAUGAAUUAGACUUUGCUCCCAGCAUUGCUGGCGUUGGCGGCAACAUAUACUCGACUCUUCCCCGCCAGCUCGGUACCUGGGGUAUCAUGAGUGGCACUUCCAUGGCGACCCCGUAUGUAUCUGGCUCCGUUGCUCUCUUCCUCAAUUCAUUGAAGGGAAAGAAAACUACGCCUGCUUUUAUCCUCGAACAAUUCCAGAACUAUGCUUUCAAGGCUCCCAACAAGAACGGUGAGGAUAACAUCGAUUCUCCUUUCAAGCAGGGAGCCGGCCUUGUUCAAGUUUACGACGCCAUUCAGCAACAAGUUCACGUAUCACCCGGAGGCAUCAGCUUCAACGACACCGCCAACUUGCACAAGACAUACACUUUGACCAUUACCAACAACGGAGAUUCGAUUGUCUCUUACCAAGUUUUGAAUAAUGUCAGUGUCUCGGUUGUUCCUUACGGAGAUCGAGAAGAGUAUCAGUUCACUGAGCCCGCUACAUACGGCAUUGACUCUGCCAAAUUGCGUUUUUCCAAGAAGUCUAUCAAGAUUUCGCCCGGCAAGAGUGCCAAACUUGACGUCACCGUGAUCCCACCCAAGUCCAACCCAGCAGAUCACAUCAUGUACGGCGGCUAUGUCCAACUCAAAUCCCAGCAAAAGCAAAAGGACAUUACCAUUCCUUACAUGGGCAUUGUCGGCAACCAACACGAACUCCCUAUCUAUGGCUACGACACACCAUAUCUCACCAAUUCCACUGAUGGCACUUACGUGUUCGGUCCUAAUGACACCUACGUCUACGAUCGCACCUCAGGAACCGCUCCCAUCUUUAUUAUCUACAUGAACAACCCUACUCGCGAAAUUCAGGCACCUCUCUACAAUGAAAAGGGCAAGAAGAUCGGCUAUGCAUUCACCGACCUCACUCUUCUUGGUCGUUCCACCUCAUCCAACGCCGGUAUCAUGGUUCAAUGGUUCGGAACUUACACACCAACACUUUUCAAUGUCCAGCUUCCAAUCACUUUGCGUGCUCCUGCUGGCAAGUAUCGCAUUGGAUUGAACGCUCUCAAGUGGCUCGGUAACCCCAAGGAGGACUGGGAAGAAUGGACAUCCGGUGUGAUCCAAGUCAAAUAA